UGCGGAAUCCCUUCAGCACGGCCAGCGCCGCCCGGUAUCUCCUCUUCCGCAGCAGGUCAUUCACGGCCCCGGAGCAGAGACCUCGGGAGCACGGGACCGGCCAUUCUGACAGCCUGCUACUCGCCACUUCCGGGUUCAAAGACCACUUGCGUUCCACGGGGGACAGGUGCCACCACUAUAAAUGUCCGUGUGCAGGAAAAAUAGCUCCGCGCCCUCAGUUCCGUUUGCAGAUGAUUUACACUCAGUAAUAAAAUAUUUGCCCAUUGAUAUAAGGAAUGUAUUAGAAAUGACAGCUCGUGAUACACUGAGUCAUAUUUUACUAUUUUAACAAUUAUAUAAAUAAUAAACCUGACUGUGCUCACUGUAUACAGAGUGACCCUAUACUGCACUGUACAGAUCCCCUCCGGCUCCCCCUGCAGGCCGCAGCUGGGGUUACACCCGGACGCUUUUCCCCAUGAUGCUGCUGCUGCUGGUAGGAGAUCUGCAGCCUGCAAGAUGGCGCAAGCGAUAUUUGAAGCCUUUGAAGGCAUGGACAACCAGACGGUCCUCGCUGUUCAGUCUCUGCUGGAUGGACAGGGCGGCGUGUCGGACCCCACAGCUCAGAAUGUCAGCAGUUCUGCCGCCCUCCAGGGACUCGAUGACGAAGACGUUUUUCUGUGCGGCAAAUGCAAAAAACAGUUCAACUCUCUGCCGGCCUUCAUGAUCCACAAGCGGGAGCAGUGUCAUGGCGGCGCACCGUCCCUGGCGUCCGUCUCCCUGGGUAACCACAGCGUCUAUACACCGCCGGUCAGCUCCGUGCAGCAGCUGCAAGUCAACAGACAGAUCUCCACCUACAUCGCGGUCCCGCCAUCGCCGCUCAUCCAGACGCUGGUACAAGGCAAUGUCUUGGUGAACGAUGAAGUCCUGCUCUCUGCCAUGUCCGCACUCACCUCGCUGGAUCAGCCCAUGCCACCCACGCCAGCUCCGGUGCAGAGUCACCUUAGUAUGCACGCCGCCGGCACCUAUCUCCACGCGCCCUCCCUGCCUCCCCGACCGCCACAUCCACCACCACAAGCCCCUGCAGCACCAGCACAGAACCUUAUGGGGGUCCCCGUCCAAGCAAACGGGGGCAGUUGCAGUACGGUCGUGCAGGUCUACAGCUCGCCGAUCAGUAUGCCAGGAAACACCGGCAUGGAAAUUCAUGGUUUGGGCAUGGCGCCCUACACCCAGAUAGAGGUUCCAAGUCAGUGCGUGGAGAGUACUGUCUAUAACACCCCCCCUGUAUACAGCCCGGGAAAACAGGGGCUGAAAUCCAAAACUACAAGCAGCUGUUCACCUUGUGCCGAUGUAAACGGGAACAAUAUGGGAAGCCUGGAGCCUGCCGUCCCUAACAAGACCCGCCGCUCCAAGACGGACGCCACCGGACAGAACGGAAAGCUGAAGUCUCCGAAGCUGAAGUGCACCUUCUGUGAUAAAGCCUUUGGGAAGAACUUUGAUCUCCAGCAGCACGUUAGAAGUCAUACCGGGGAGAAGCCGUUCCAGUGUAUCGUAUGUGGACGAGCGUUCGCACAGAAGUCAAAUGUCAAAAAACAUAUGCAGACUCACAAAGUGUGGCCAAAAGCUCCGAAUACCACAAAUACACAGGGAUCCAUGACCGUCCAGGUGGUGCCGCUGAAUCCCUCCCAGCCAGAAGAGGAAAGCAUUGAAAAUGGAGUCUCCAGCCAGGUGCCUUCUGAAGAUACAUCUUCUCAGGACAUAGACACAUCUCAGAACGGUCCUUGUGACGGGUCGGAGGCCAAGCAGGGGGUCCUGAUUGACAGCUCCUAUCACUGCCAGUUCUGCAGCAGCAAGUUCAGCAGCUAUUUCCAGCUUAAGUCCCAUAUGACGCAACACAAAGAGGAGCAGGUGUAUAAGUGUGUGGUGAAGGGCUGCGUUCACACUUGUCAGAAACUGGACCAAUUUCUGGAACACAUCAAGACCCACCAGGAGGAGAUGACGUACCGAUGCCACAUCUGUAACAAAGACUUCUCCUCUCUGUAUGAGAUGGGGGUCCACCAGUAUUCUCACAGCCUGCUGCCCCUCAUCGCCCCCAAGAAGGAGAUGGCGGUAUACAAGUGUUUGAAGUGCAUGAACAAAUACUCCACCCCGGAGGCAUUGGAGCAACACCUACAGACGGCCACCCACAGCUACCCCUGCCCACACUGCCAGAAGGUGUUUCCAUGUGAGCGAUAUCUAAGGAGACACCUACCCACCCAUGGAGGAGGCGGCCGCUACAAGUGUCAGAUCUGUAAGAAAUUAUUCAGAAGGGAACACUACCUGAAGCUGCACAGCCACAUCCACUCCGGUGAGAAGCCUUUCCGGUGUUCACUUUGCGAUUCUGCGUUUAACCGCAAGGACAAGCUGAAGAGACACAUGCUGAUCCAUGAGCCCUACAAACAGUACAAAUGCCCUUUUGCGUCUCACACUGGAUGUAACAAGGAAUUUAAUCGCCCGGAUAAGCUGAAGGCUCAUGUUCUGUCACAUUCAGGAAUGAAAAUGCACAAGUGCCAAUAUUGCUCCAAGUCGUUCAGCCGUCGCGCCCACAUGAUCGAGCAUCAGCGCAGCCAUACGGGGAACUACAGGUUCUGCUGCCCCAACUGCGGCAAAGGCUUCACCCGCCAGAAGUACCUGAAGGAGCAUAAGUGCCGGCUACAUCUGGGAAGUGACAAAGAGGUUAGGAAGGGGCAGAGAAAACAAGGACAAGGGAAGCAAGAUGAGGACACCAGCCCCGAGGAGGAGGAGGAGGAGGAGGAGGAGACGACGCUGACAGUGCUGAAGAGCAGUAGGGAGCGACUGGACGAGGCGGGUCCGGCGGAGGAGACUUAUCAGCACACCGGUGCCGUACUUUCUAUUGUAGUUGAUGGAUCUGCCGCUGCCAGGGACGGGUUGGCGGUCCCCUCCAACCAAGACGCUACAACCCCGACUACUGUGACACUAGCUGAGCUGCAGAAUGCCACAGACUCUACAUGCUCGAUGCUGGCAGUGCCCAUAUAUAUACAGAGUCAAGAGUGACCAGGUGGGAAAAUACGCACGCCAAAGGUGCCAUUUCUCGUUCAUUUCCGAUGAUCAUGGAAAGAAGAGUGACCAGUGUGCCUCCAGCUGUUGCAAAACUACAACUCCCAGCAUGCCCGGACAGCCGCUGGCUGUCCGGGCAUGCUGGGAAUUGCAGUUUUGCCUGUCUGCCUCCUCCACUGUCCCUGAAAGGUAAAUCAAGGCUUCCCUCUCAUCUUAGCAAUCUCUGGCUUCCCGGGCAUGCUGGGAGUAGUAGUUUUGCAACAGCUGGAGGUACCUUGUUUGGGAAACCUUAGUCUAUAUUACCGCAGCACAGCUUCUCCCUUACCAGCUGGAAAUAUCUUCUCCCGUAAGGUUCAACCAAUGGGGUUAUCCGAUCUCAGAAGGUAAUAGUUUGGGGGGGGGGGGGAUCUACUAGGAAGCAGCGUUUUACACGGGAGCUAAAACUGGUGGCUGUAAAUCCGGCGGGCACAUGAGGUAGAUCCGAUUGAUUAGCCCCAACCACUUUUUAACCCCUUAAGGACGCAGGGUGUACAUUAACGUCCUGCACGCGUAGCAACUGAGCUUGCAUUAAAGUCAGAGAGUAAUGGCUGCUAUCAGCAGCCAGGACUCGCCGCAAAUGUCGGACAAUGGCACUAAAUGAGCGUACCUGUCAUCACAGAGAAUGCUUCUUUAUGUUCCUCACUAGGUCAUGCAGAUGCUUUACAUGUCUUUUUUAUGUGUCUAGCUUCUGUAUUUGGCUCACAAAUCUCUCUGUUCUGCUGCUCACUCAUUCUGACAUCCACUGCUCAGGAAGCACUGAGCCCGCCCUCACUCACCAUGCAUUCACUUCCUCCCUGAGUCUGCUGUGCUGGGUCUCUUCAUCCAAUCACUGCAGGCUGCUCUGUAACCCCUUCCUCUCAGUUUUCAUGCUACAGUCUGAUAGGACAGGCGUGAGCACAGAGGAGUGCCGGUCCCGCCCCUCACUUCCUGGACUUUGUCCCUUCCUGUGCUUCAGCUGGGACAAAGAUGAUGCUGCAUCCUGAUAGGAUUAUGUUCUGGAUGGUAUGGGGACCCCUAGUGGUCUUUUUUAUACAUACAUUUUUAUGAAGUAUAUUAGAUGUACAACAUAUAAAAAGUUUUUGAUAGUGCCCAUUUAAGCCUUACGAUCUAAAAUACCUAAAAUACAGUUGACAAUUGGUUGUAGGGGCUGAUGGGGCCCUGCACAGUGGAAUUGUGGGGUCCCGAUCAGUUAAGAAGUUGGCUGGAGGGUCCCUACCUGCCUCCGUGCCGUCAAACCGGUGCUCUGAAAAUACAGACAGGCUUGGCAGCCGGUCUCAGCAGAGCACCAAUGACACUGAUCAAAGCUACAAUCUAAAGAGUUCCCUAUGGGGACUAAAAAAUUGUGAAAAAUGUUAAUUAAUGUAAAUAAGCCCCUCCCCUAAUAAUAGUUUGAAUCAGCCCCCUUUCCCCAUUUCUUUUUAAAUCAAAUAAUGUAAACAAAAUAUAAACAUAUGUGGUAUUGCUGCGUGCGAAAAUGUCCAAACCAUUAAAAUAUAACGGUUAUUAAGCGGCACGGUCGAUGGCGUAAAUGUAAAUAUAUAUAUAUCAAAGUCCAGAAUGACCGAUUUUUGAGCACUGCAGAUGCCAGAUAAAAAAAAUGAAUAAAACCGAUCAAAAAGUCCCUUCAAAACCAAAAUGGUCCUAAUAAAAACUAUAGGUCACGGCGCAAAACAUUAUCCUCAUAUCAUACAUCCCCCUAUACGGAAAAAUAAACAAAUUUGGGGGGUCAGAACAGGAGCAUUUUAAGUAUAUUUGUUCUGUCUUCGCCACACGUUACCCCGUGGUGUGUGUGUGUAGUCUGACAUGCAGAUAAACCGCCUUAUUCUUCAAUAGACAAGACUCUAUGGUGAAGUCUGUAGAUUUAUUGAAUCAUAGGGAAAAAGCGCGCGGUAAAACUCGAAAAUAAUAGAGCAGAAAACAAGGAUAAACACAUGUUCAUAUACAACUAACAUGUCAACAUAUUACAAGAUAGCUGAAACAUUACAUGGAUGACCCCCGAGAUCUCCCUGCUGCACCCGGUGUUUGUUUAGAGCGUCAGGUGCAACGCCGGAGGCUCGCGACGUCACGACCACGCCCCCUCAAUGCAAGUCUAUGGGAGGGGGCGUGACAUCCGUCACGCCCCCUCCCAUAGACUUGCAUUGAGGGGGCGUGGCCGUGACGUCACAAGCGGGGCAUUACCGUGACGUCACGAGCCUCUGCCCCACAUCACCACUCGUCCGCCACCCCGGUCUGGGGUACCUCCGCCGAGAUCGCGGGGGUCCGCAGGGACGGGGCCCCUCACGUGAUCAGACAUCUUUUGGAUAAGAUGUCUAGGGGCAGGGAGUACACCUUUAAAUUCGUCACUUAUCUAGACCAUUGGCUGUUGGGCUCUUGUUUUUCUCCACCAAUUACAUUGGUUCGUAAAUUACUAAAAAUUGGUUUCAUCCACAACCAGGAAGGUUUGGGGAUUUAUCAUAGACUCAACUCCGAUGACCCUUACUCUUGUCGGACAACAGACGCAAUCUGGUCACCAGAGCCACCAAUUCUCGAAGGACUCAUUCGUUGUUCAUAAGAACGUUGAUGAAGAUGUUUGGGCACAUUCAGCAACCAAGUAGGAAGUCCCUUGGGCUCUUUGCCACCUUCACCGUCUAGAACAGGAGGUUUUGGGCAUUUGGAAUCAAAACCCUCUAGGGUUGAACAAGAGCAGGGUCUACCCACAAAGUGUAUAAUCGGAUUAGACGCAUUUUUCCAAAAAUCCAAGUUGGUUCCAGCCACAACCAGGAAGUUUCUGGGAUUUAUCAUAGACUCAACUCCGAUGACCCUUACUCUCUCGGACAACAGAUGCAAUCGGGUCACCAGAGCUGCCAAUUCUCUAAGGACUCUUCAUCCGGUGUCCAUAAGAACUUUGAUGAAGAUGUUGGGGCACAUUCAGUGACCACGUAGGAAGUCCCUUUGGCACCUUCACCCUCUAGAACAAGAAAUUUGGGGCAUUUGGAAUCGUAACCCUCUAGGGUUGAACAAGAUGCGCACCUUAUGUGCACCCUAUCUCCACAAGUCCCUAAUUCAGCCAGUCUGGAUUCUGUUGACGAUGGACAGUGGACUAUCGUCGGGGGUCCUGAGGUCUCACUCAAGAGCAGGGUCUACCCACAGAGCGUAUAAUCUGAUUAGACGCAUUUUUCCAAAAAUCCGAGUUGGUUCCAGCCACAACCAGGAAAUUUCUGGGAUUUAUCAUAGACUCAACUCUGAUGACCCUUACUCUGUCGGACAACAGAUGCAAUCGGGUAACCAGAGCCGCCAAUUCUCUAAGGACUCAUCCAGUGUCCAUAAGAACUUUGAUGAAGAUGUUGGGGCACAUUCAGCGACCACGUAGGAAGUCCCUUGGGCUCUUUGGCACCUUCACCCUCUAGAACAAGAAUUUUUGGGCACUUGGAAUCGCAACCCUCUAGGAUUGAACAAGAUGUGCAGCCUAUCUCCACAAGUUCCUAAUUCAGCCAGUCUGGAUUCUGUUGACGAUGAACAGUGGACUAUCAUCGGGGGUCUUGAGGUCUCACUCAAGAGUAGGGUCAACCCACAGAGCGUAUAAUCGGAUUAGACUCAUUUUUCCAAAAAUCUGAGUUGGUUCCAGCCACAACCAGGAAGUUUCUGGGAUUUAUCAUAGACUCAACUCCGAUGACCCUUACUCUGUCGGACAACAGAUGCAAUUGGGACACCAGAGCCGCCAAUUCUCUAAGGACUCAUCCGGUGUCCAUAGGAACUUUGAUGAAGAUGUUGGGGCACAUUCAGCAACCAUGUAGGAAGUCCCUUGUGCUUUUUGGCACCUUCACUCUCCGUAUCCAAGUGUUCUGAACAACAUUUUCAGAAAACUGGAGCACCGGAGUACCCCUUUAAAGGAGCUGAAAGGUGAAAACCUAGGAUCCCUAGUGGGACCUUUCGGUCGUUCCCAGGGGAUUAUGCUCUCCCCUUUUGAGCCCUUGAAAAGCGUGGACAUGGAGUUUUUUUUCUUGAAAGGCUGCCUUCCUAGUGUCGAUCACCUCUGCUCUAUGGUCUUUGAGCCUUACACCCUAUUUCUGCUCAAUGGGGUUAUUCUCAGGUUCCUGCUAUCCUUAGUUCCUAAGGUUCCUUCCUUCCAGAACACCAAUCAAGUCAUCUUUUCACCUAUUUUUUUUAUCCGGAUCCUACUACUGAAGAAAACACUCUUCUACAUAACGCUAGAUGUUUGCAGAUCUAUUUACAGAGAUCCGGUGCCUUCAGGAAAGAUAAAUCUUAGGCGUUUGAAAGAUACUGCCUAUGGGCCGUUUUUCUUGUUAAUUACACACUGUGUUUGGGGGCAAAGUUCCCUUUAUAGGGGAAGCUUAAUUUGUUUAUUUAAUUGUUUAAAUCAUUAAUUUCCACCUGUCCAAACUGUUCACGGGGGCAUUAAUACCCCAAUUGUGCUGCUGUUCGGACGUGAGGGAAAGCAAAUCAUCAUUAGAAAUUAAUUAUUUAUUUAUUUUAAUUUCGCCCCACAAAUAUAUAUAUAUAUAUAUAUAUAUAUUUUUUUUUUUGGGCUUUGCUGUAGAUUUUGUGGUAAAUUGAGGGAUGUCCUUACAAAGUACAUAGUCCCACAAAAUACAGCAAGCCUCAUUAGGGUCUGUAGUGGGAAAGUGAAAGAGUUAUAGUGAAAGAGUUAUAUCAGAAAACGAGGAGGAAAAAAAAUGAAAGUGCAAAUAUGAAAGGGUACCGGUCAUCAAUCCGUAUUUUCUAAACUAACUCAGAUUAUAUUCCGUAACUACUCCUAAUACCCCUCCUGCCCUUAAAAAAAAUUCUGUGCAUCAUACCUUUCCCCUUGUUCACAUUGUGUGAGCUCCCAGCAGGAGAAAGUGGGCGUUCCCCAGCAGGCGCGACAUCACUGAAGCCCGCGAGAGCUGUGCCCCGCCAUCACCUUCACGCACUUCCUGCCAGACCGAAAGGAGACCAAACUAACUGUUUGAGUUAGGAAACAGAACAGAGCCACCUAGUGGCCGUUUUUUCAAUCACAUUAAAAACAUAUAAAAGGUUGAGAAUUUUAACAGCAAGUAAGUAGCAAAGUGUUUUAUAAUUACAUAUGGAACAAUAUAUUAAAAGUUUAGUUUGGUGACAGGUUCCCUUUAAAAAUUGCUGCAUCCUUAAGGGGUUAAUGUAAUAAAAUGUAAUAUAUAUAUAUAUAUAUAUAUUUUUUUUUAAAACAGGUGUAAAUGACUGACAGGUGUUUAGUGCGGAUAGAGUUGCGCUCCACCUUACGCCAUAUGUGAAUGAAUGAUCAAUCCCUUUCCAAUGUAUUUAUGCACAUACUGUACAUAUGGAAUUUAUUUAUUUAUAUUUUUUCACUUUACAUGUGUGUAAAUGUAUUUUAUUGGAUUAUUAAAGAGUACC